AUGCUUCUGAGUCUUUGCGCUUUUCUUUUGUACUUUAAUAAUUGUUUCUUCAAAUGUUCUUGCUCAUCAUCUGAGUUCAACUUGGAAGGAGAUUACUUAUUGGGUGGUCUUUUUGCUUUGCAUGAAGUGGAUCAGGCUACACCCUGGUUCACUCCAGAGGCCACUGAAUGUUCCAGGCACACUAUCUCAGUAUCUGGCUAUCAGAUGUUCCAAGUGAUGAGGUUUGCUGUUGAAGAGGUUAAUAACUCCACCACCCUCCUGCCUAAUGUUUCUCUAGGCUAUGAGAUGUUUGACCAUUGUUCUGCAACAAAGAAUUUCCCUGCAGUCUUCAGUUAUAUCUCACAGAAUGGAUCAAUUAAACCUAAAGAAAUGCUCAACAACCAUCAUCCUAAAGUGAUUGCUUUAACAGGACCAUAUGGAAGCACUAGAACUAUUACAAUUGCACCAUUGUUCACAAUGAGCCUUAUACCUAUGGUAAAUUAUGGAGCUUCCAGCUAUGCAUUAAGUAAUAAACUUCAAUAUCCCUCUUUUCUAAGAGCACUUCCCAGCAACAAAGAUCUGAUACAGAUGAUUAUUCACAUCAUACAGUGGUUUGGAUGGAACUGGGUUGCAUUCCUUGGUAGCCAAGACGCUUACAGUACAGACGGCCUAAGUCAGUUUAACAAGUAUAUUGUCAAUACUGGCAUUUGUUUGGCCUAUCAAGAGGCUCUCAGCCAAGAGGCAAACUACACUUCAGUACUUAAAAAGAUUGAUAUGCUCAAAAUCAAUGUCAUUGUGGUUUUCGCUCUGCCACAAUAUGCUAAGAACAUAAUCAAAGCCGCAAUAGCGAGCAACAUCCGAAACAAAGUUUGGAUUGCAGGUGAAACAUGGUCUAUGGAUCAACAGCUUCCCAGAGAGACAGGAAUUGAGAAAAUUGGUACAGUUAUUGGCAUUACGGAGAGAUUAUUGACAUUACCCGGAUUUGAUGAAUUCAUAUAUAAAGUCAAAGGAACAUCUAAUGUUCAUAAUGAUAGCGUUAAAGUCCAAUCUCCUCAAAGAUUGAGUGAGACAUGCAAUCAAGUUUGUGAGAGCUGCUCUUUGUUGACUGCAGGGGAAAUUAUAAAUGAAAAUCCUUCAUUCUCCUUUAGCAUCUAUUCUGCCAUAUAUACCAUAGCUCAUGCAUUACAUAAAGUUCUGCAGUGCAACAUGAAUAAAUGUCACAAAAACACAACAGUUUGGCCAUACAAGCUUCUGGGAGAAAUUAAGAAUGUGGAUUUUCCACUCAAUGGUCGUCAGGUGAAAUAUGAUGAUAAUGGUGAUCCAACCGUCAGUUACGCAGUUGUGCUCUGGCAUACUAAUACAAAUCCUCCAUGGCUGGAGAUGGUAGGCACAUAUGAUACAUAUCCAGAAAUGAACUUUAUCAUCAACAGCUCUCUCUUGCCCUGGAGUAACAAUUCUGUUCCUUUCUCAAACUGCUCUAUUGAGUGUAAGGCGGGAUUUUCAAGAGAACCAGAGGGAUUGCAUAACUGCUGUUUUCGGUGUAAAAAAUGCCAGAGGAACAGCUAUGUGCAGUAUUCUCGGGACCCCUAUUCCUGUUUGCCAUGUGCAGAGAGUGAAUGGUCUGAUGACGGGAGCACAACAUGUAAGACACGCAUUGUUGUCUAUCUUGAGUACACAGAAAUAGCGUCUCUUGCAUUCAUAGUUUUUACCAUAUGCCUGAUGAUUCUCUUAGUUACCAUCUUUGGCCUUUUUGCCUACAAUCAGAAUACACCAGUAGUGAAGUCUGCUGGUGGUAGCAUGUGUUUGCUAAUGUUAGCAUGUUUGAUCAUGGCUAAUAUAAGUUUGUUCUUUUUCUUUGGGAAACCCACAACUUUACAUUGUAUCAUUAGAAAUUUUGUAUUUGCAUUUUUCUUCACCAUCUGUCUCUCCUGUCUGGCUGUACGGUCUUUUCAAAUUGUUUGUGUUUUCAAAAUGGCUGCCAAGUUUCCUAAAUUGCACAGUUUGUGGGUGAAGCACAACGGCCAGUGGCUCUUCAUUGUGUUUUACUGUGUAAUUGAUUUAAUUGCUUGUGUGAUAUGGGCGACUGUCGAAACUCCCAAACCCAACAGGGACAUAGUUUCUUUUAAAGACCAAAUUCUGCUCAUCUGUGAGAAUGGGAACACUAUAACUGUUAGCAUUGUUGUGUUUUUGAGUUGGUUUCUUGGUGUCCUGUGCCUCAUGUUUUCUUACAUGGCAAGAGACCUGCCGAAAAAUUACAAUGAGGCCAAAUCAAUAACCUUCAGUCUGGUUUUGUUUUAUCUGAGCUGGAUUGCAUACUUCACAGCAUUCUUUACUCUGAAAAGCAAAUACAUUAUGCUUUUCAAUGCAAUGGCCCAGCUAGCCAGUAUUAAUGCAAUUGUCUUCAGUUAUUUCAUACCAAAAUCUUACAUUAUUAUAUUUCAACCAAAAAAGAACACUCUUGAAUACUUUCAAACAUCUAUUCAAAAUUACACCCAAACCAUUAGUAGGACUUAGUCCACAACAAUGCUGUUGCACAGAUGGGAACUACUUCUGCUUUUACUGCUUUUCUUAAUCAUUUCAUUUUAUUGCUGAAAUACUGAGAACAUUACUGCAUAACCGAGCAAAACAGUUUUAAAAUGUAGUUAGCAUGCAAGCUAAUUAUUCACUCUGAUCUCUCUUGAGACGUAGAUAAAUCAGUCUCACUGAGCAUUGACUAUCAUUAAUAAUGCAUAUUUAUUCAUGCAGGAUACUAUUAAAAUGAAAUGACAGAUGAAACAUGGACUAUUGUUGAAAUUCUAACAUAAACGAGCUCAAAAACUCAUUUAUUUUCAGAGUAAUUCUAAUGCUGUAGAAAAUAUAAAACACAAGUUUCAAUAUCAUAAUGGAUUACUUGCGAUGAAAAUGACAUAAUGCAGAUAAAUGACUUAGUAGUGAGUAGAUAGUGAGUGUUGCAAUACUUGCUUUAUAAUGUUUGUAUUGUGAUAUGUUGUGAAUCUUUCAUUUACCGGUUUGUAA